AUGUCUCCUAAUAUGUAUUCCAAUUUUGUAGGUCCACCUACAUGUAAACUUAAAAUUUUUAGAGAAGUUAACACGCUCUCUAAAAUUUACAUAAAAAAAGAGCCUUCCGCAAAAACCCAGAGUGUCGGCCAGUUUAAAAUAGAUUUUGAGUUUGAGGUCCCCAAUGAGUUAACAGUUGGAGAGUCUUCAUCAUCCCAUUUUAAAUUGUUGUUAUUGCCUCCAUCAAGUCUUGAAUUUGUAAAGGAAGAUUCGGAAUUUAAGUCUGCGGGUUCGAAACUAACCCUAGCAGGAGGCCACACUGUGGCUGACGAAAGAACCGGCGCAGCAAUGAAAAAGUUGAGUCAGGCCGACCUAGGAAAGUGUAAAGCGACCGACGCACAGAAGGUGUUGUCGAGCCUUGGAAAGGAACAUAAAAAAUCUCUCGGAUUCACAGUUAAGAAGGAUAUAUCAUCAGAAAUCCUGAAAAUGUCGUCGAUGAAAAAAGUCGUAGUAGAGAUCCCGUUUCAUAAAUACACAGCGAAAGUAGCUAAGGGGACCUACACAUGGUCAGGAAUAUUUAAGGCGAGAAGCAAUGGCUUGAACGUGAGCGGAGUCACGCACAGCUUUGACGAAUUCGUGGUCGCCCUGGGAACAUUCGGAUACUUCGUCAACGAUGAAGACAAGUACUGCUUGACGCAAAGCGCAACCGCAGCGGCGAUAAUGUUCAAGCGUUUCGACGAAAUGAGCCUUAGCAUGACGAGUUGCAGCGCAAUUGCAGCGACAGGAAUGGAGAAGGUGAUUGGAAUGCCCAAGUCGGUUGAGCCGAAGCUCAGCGCAUCCUACAGGUUCGAAAGCCUGGAGAGAAAAUUGAAGCUCCUCUUUACGGUCGAAAUAGGAUACGAGAUAUACGACUACGCGGCCGAAAAGCUUAAUCUGGUAUUCACAGUCCCGAAGGAGCUGAAGGACACAAUAGUACUGAGCGAAAAGUGCACCUCUGAAGUUAAGGGAAGCAUUUCAGUAGCAUCGUGCGCAUACGACGCCGAAAAGUCGCAAAUUGCACUCGCUGUGUCCAAAUCAGACAUCGUGGCAGCAACGGAAAUGACCUUUACGGUUGACGUGAGCAACGCACUGCUGAACGCAGCUCCACUGUCGGAGAACCACAAGUACACACUGGAAGUAGUGCUGAAAGACAAGGAGGAACUAGCAAAGGUAGACAUGGAGAAGCUGAAGCCUGAAGUGACAAGGGCGGCCGCACUUAAAACCGAGUGCAUAGAGCCGAUAAUGGAAAUGGCCAAAGAGAUGAAGGAAAAGCCUGAGCCAAAACCAACCUCAGUGGGAAAGCAGACGUCGAGUGAUGUGAAGCACGAAGGCAAGUACAUAGAAUACAGCUACGAACUGGAAAAGGCAGGAAAAGACUUCUUGAUGAAAAUAUACCUCAAAAACGAAGCAAGCCUUAAAGGUAAACUGAACCUGGCCAUGCACGUGAAAGGACACGAGAACUUCAUGACAUUAAAGGAGCCGGAAACAGCAGAAGCAGGAACAGAAGCAGCCUCAGUGAGCAACGACGGAGUCAAGUUCAAUUUUAACAACAUCCAGGUCAGCGUUGACUUCACGGACAACACCAAGGUGAAGAAGGGCACGUACUUUGAGAUCCCAGUGCUUUUUAAGACGACAUUGGAGCUAGAAGCGAUGAAAGCCCCGAACUUCUUCACACUCCAGGUAGACAAAGAGUCAGGAGAGACUUUGAUCUACGGAAUUUACAAGGAAAUCAAAGGAGCAAAGGGAGCAGCCUCAGCCCUGGACAGAGUGUAUGAGCGGGGAGAAAGUACCCUGUACGUAAGCAAGUUUUUCAACAAAGGAAAGAAACCUGCAAUAAUGUUUAAGCUCACGACGCAAUCUGAGCCGAAGAUGUCGCUGCUGUUAGAGUUCAUGCGCCCGAAAGGCAUCGUUAAAUACAGCCACGAGAUAAUCAACGACUUCAUGUACAAGGAGGAGGCCACGUUCACGAACGAGCGCUACUACAGAAUAGCCAUGGAGGUUGCGGCGAAGCCGAAGACGAAGAUAACCUCGACGAUUGUGCUGGAGAUAACACCGGAGGACAAGGAGUUCUCAAUGGAAAGCCUCGUCUUCAGCGUCGUCUCAGGACACGGAGAGGUGAGCCAUUUGAGCCCGAGCGAGGUGCUGUUCACCGAGGAGUUGAAGUUUGCAGAAGGUGACUUCGAGGUCGUUGACCUCCCGGUGCCCUGUUUGACGAAGGACACGAAGCUGUCCUCCUCGAGGUUCAGAAUGAUGGAAAACGGAAACUACAUUGCAGCGAGAUCAGUGGACUGCAGUAGGCCGUGGAUGCCAUACGUUAACAAGUUAGGCCCAGAGUUCGACGUCACAGUGGAGAACAGUGACCUGGUCACAGGAUUCACAAUGAAGGAAGUCAUCAGCUUGAACGAUCCACUUCAAUCGAGAGUGAUUGAAAAGUUGGCAGGAACUAAGCGUUUCUACGAACACACGCUCUACUUGUUCUUCGACCAGAUGGCAGUGACUACCAUAAAGGAGCACAUGAUAGCAGGAAGUGUGUGCGUAAAGAGCGACAGCACGUGCCCAGAUAACAAUCACCUCCCAGUGUUGACCAAGUUUGUUACUUCUCUAGUAGAAGGAGUAGAUUUGACACUGAUCAAGGUGAUGGUAGCAUACUUAGAAGGAGAGAAGCUUGAGUUGCAUUCUACGACCUAUGACAAAAAGAUACUUGCAUUGAAAAGCGCAAAGAAUUAUACGGGACUUAAAAACACAAGAGUAGCACUGGAAAAAUUACUCGACUCAGCAUUUGAAAGCGCAAGUGCAGACAAGAUCGAAACUUCGUUCUCAGUCCUGUCAGUUUUGGAUAACGACAAGGUUGCAACAGUCAAGAGCGCAGUGAAGGAGUAUGAGGUGCCAUCGGACCCUAGAACCAAUAACGAAAAGUACUCGAACCCAGUGUACAUAGAAAUCAUACCAGUGGAUAAGACGUCGACCUUUGAAGUAAAGAAGAUGGGAUGCAACACGGUAAAGAAGACAGCUGUCGUCAAAGAGCUCCUGAAACUGGGAAGCUCAGAUGCAGUAGACCGCGCCCGCCUAGGAACAGGAUCACUUGGAGCCCAAAAAGGAAAGGUGUACACAGGAUACACGUUCUUAAGCGCAUCAAAAGGAGGAAAGGUCGCGACGCUGGCAUCGGGACCGAGAACGCCAGUGACAAGCGCAUUACCAACAUCACCGAAAAGGAGUGAGGACCACAGCCUCUUCUUUAAAAUAAGAGACACCCUGAAGCCAAUGUGCCUGAAGACAGUAAAGCCAGAAGAGCUCCCACUCCUGGUGGAACUGAAAUCAGUGAUGAAGACCAUGGAGGCCAUGGCGAAGUCAUACCACGUUAUUGCGACAUGCUCUAAGUUCAAGUCAGCCUACUCAUCCAGGAGGGAAACCAAGUACAUUCUCUCAUCCAGAGGCGUCAAACUCGGAGAGUACACAACCAAAGCAUCGGAAGACAUUCCAGACAAACUGUUCUCGGAGUGUGAUUUGUUCUCACUGUACAAGUUCUUGACACUCUCGAAAUACUCGCUCGCCACAGAGCCGGUCUCCACAGAGUAA